AUUUCAAUUCAAAGCGCCGGAAAGGACCGGAGCCCUGCCGGCAGCCGCGGCCUCCCGACGGCCGGAGCUGGGUUCAACUGCCAGAAUUUAUUACUGGCAUAAUGAAUGUACCAGAAAAUAGAGGCUGUGUGCCUUCACAGGACCAGAGCAAUGCGAAGGACAACCCCUAGAGGAAAAAUGGAAGGAAAGUGGACGGACCAUACCAGGUAUUACUGACAACACACACCGCCAUUAAGAUUAAGGAGCAAGCAGCUUGGAUCCACAAUUCAAGGGUGAAGAAGGCCCUGGCGAGGAUAUGGACCACCACUCCAACUGAACCAACAAAAUUAUGGUUUUCCAGAUCCUAAUGAUUGCAGGGGUGUGGUUCUCAGAUUCGGGGUGGGCAGCUUGGGACGAGAACUUAUACCUGACCCUAAUACAAACUGUAUCUCAAGUGAUUAAUAAGACAAACUGUUGGGUAUGUACCCAUCUGCCAGAGCAUGGGAAUAAGAGUGUAUCAUUAAUCAGGAUUCCCUUGCCUGCCAACUUAUCUUGGACUAAGUUGUGGGAAAACACAUCUUGGGGUCGAAAAUAUGAAGGAGUUUUGGAACUAGAAGUGAGUAGCUUCGUGCCCUUGGAAUCUUACUAUGUAUGUGAACAAAGGUGUAACCCGCCUAAGGGUAUGGGAAAACAGGAUUGUAUAAAUACGGGUACUACUUAUGUGGGAAAUCAGACGUCUUGUAAUCGAACAAUUGAUAUUAGUACGACUAGCGGCUGGGCAAGUUCAACCAGCUGGCCGGUUCCAGAAGGAAAAGGGUGGUAUUGGCUAUGCAAUGAUACAGCCCGUAAGGUCUUGCCCGAGAAUUGGAAGGGAACUUGCACUCUUGGAGCAGUAGUCCCCAGUUUGACCAUACAUGAUGUAGCGCCUCGAGGUUAUUGGAGAAAUCAUAUCCGGAGAAUCAGACGAAAAAUUAACAAUCCAUUGAUAGAGAGACACACCGCUUUUCAUAGUUCUGUUCGAUGGUUUAUCCCAUGGUUAGGAGUGAGUGAAUUGGAAAAGGCGAUAGUUAAUAUUUCUGCAAUUAUAGAGAAGUUAGAAAACAAAACUCUGGAUGCUAUAAAGGCUCAACAAGAAGAGAUACCUAGUUUAUCACAGGUAGUAUUACAAAAUCGGAUGGCCCUAUUGGCCGCUCAAGGGGGAGUCUGUACACUAAUAAACACAAGUUGUUGUAUGUAUGUAGAUCAGAGUGGAAGGAUCUCUACCGACCUGGAAGAAAUAUGGAAGCAGACAAGAAUCCUACAUGAGAUCAGUAAAGAUGAUCUUUCGUAUUUAGUUUAGUUUUAGUGAAACAUGGAAUAAGUUAACCUCCUGUUUGCCCAAUUUCUAAUGGUUGAAACGACUUUUCAUUGCUCUAAUCGCAUUAGUAGUGUUAGGAAUAUUUGUGUUAGGAAUAUGUUGUUUAGAUGCCUGCUUUGUUGUGUUACCGCAAAUAAUAGAGGUAUCUGAUGCAAAAGAAUUUGCAUGGGAAAAGAAAAGGGGGGAUUGAUUAA